UUUUCUUCAAAGUUUCCUUGCAAUUGAACAUGAGAUGACUUCAUAUAAAUAUGCAUUUUGCAUUGAAACCUGCAUCUUCGCAUAUGCAAACAGCAACAUAUAUUAAGUGUUUUUGUAGCCUCUUUUGAAUAUUUGUUUUUUAUUUACGCAUGGAAGCAAGUAAUAUUUUUAAUUAGUUUUAAACCAUUAUAAGUAGGCUGUUUCUUUUCAGUUCCCUUGAAGUCCUCUUAAAAAUGACUAUUAUAUAACUUAAUAUGAAUAUGCACAUUCAAUAUACACAUUCAAACAUAAACAAAUAUUCAGUACUUUUGUUUGCCACUUUUAAAUAAUAAUAAUAAUAAAAACCUGUUUACAGACAGAAUUUAUGGUCAGAAUUGAAUGAAACACAAAUGCAUUUCCUGCAUGCUAUGUCAACUAAUUAACAAUAGCCUUUAUCAUCUUUAAUUUCCCUAAGUAAAUAUGCUUAAAAUCACAUUGUAAAGGCAAGUAGGAGGAGCAUGUAUAAACAGCUCGGGAGGCGUGGUUUUGGUUCACCUGUGUGAGGUGACAGUUCAAUUUACCUGCAACUCAAAAGAGUGAACUUUUUAAAGUGAACUAGGGCAGACAUCCUCUUUAUUGCACAACGCUCAGAGUAGUCUCGCUUGAUGUGUACUUUAGUCAGGUAAAGCUUACCUGGUAUCUCAAAUUUGAAGAGUUAUUUUUACCCUGAGGAUAAAAACUUUGGUGCACCUGUUUUUUCCUGAAGCCCUGAAAAGUUCACUAAAGGAAAAAGCUGGAAGACACUGGUGUGAAGUUGGAGACAUUUUCGUCUGGUGGCAUUUGGUGAUGUCAGGAUGUUAGGAGAGACGUCACUCAAAGCCAGUCACCAUGGAAACACCAGAGUUAGCCCCAGAGGAAGUGAAGACAGGGAAGAGAGGAGAACAUGUGUUGUUGAUAUGAACCCCCAAACCGGUUUUGAUUGGUACCUGCAAUCCCCAGUGUCCUGCUUCUCAGAGAGACACUUGCAACUACAGGAUGAUUUGAAUGUAUCUAAUGAGGGGUCAUCCAUUGGAGACUCAAGCCAAGAUAUUUCCUCCUCCCUUGAGAGCUGUGUUAAGUUGGAGAGAAGGUGGAUUCUGUGGUAUGAGUUAAUCAAAGAACAUUCCUGCUUGGACGACUGGCUUCAGUUGGCUGAGAAAAUAGCCGCAUCCCCUAACACAAGCCAUGUGCUGUAUGUUACAGCUAAAGAAGAGUUACAGAAGUAUGAGAGCCUUCGUGCUGAGGCCAGAAUACGUUUAACUCAGCUGGACAGCCUGACCCAGAGGAGCCAAAUUCUGGUUGGCCUGUUCAGAGGUGCUGUGGGUACAUGGCUUGUGGAAAUGACAAAGGACUGUGGACAGCGCUGGGACCAGCUCAGCAACACAGUGGACACUGUCUGCCGCAGGUUAAGGCACUUUGUGUGUCAGCGGGAGGAUUUUGAGGCACAGAGGGAAGAGAUGGCCGUGUGGCUGGCUGACAUGGACCUCAGGCUGACUGAAGUGGAGCACUUCUCUGGCAAAGACACCUGCUUUAAGAUGCACCAGCUUCAGGGAUUUCAGGAGGCAGUGGGAGAGAGUGCAGGCCGACUGAACAAUUUGCUCCAGCGUGGUGAAGAGCUGAUCCAGAGGAGCGAGCCAGCUGAUGCCCAGGCCAUCGAGAGCCAGCUGCAGGAUCUCCUGCUCCAUUGUACUCGUGUCUUUCAGGGCCUGGGCUGCCUGCACACACGCCUGCUUAGCAUGAGACUGGUUUUUGAGGAGGACUGGGGUGCUCCAGAUUCCGGCUGUCCUUCUGAGAGUGUGCUGGAGGAUGACUGUUUGGUAGACCAUGCCACGGGAACUCGGCCUCAGGCCUCUCUUCAUCAGAUCAGCCAAGACCACCUGGUUCUUGAGUGGGACCCUUCAGGGGACAUUGGUAGUUCCAUGUCCCAUGAUGAUGCAGAAUCUUCUUACUUCAGUGCAGCUGGUGUGUCAUGCACAGAGGAACUGGACAAACAUCCUUUAAGAAGGAGAGUCUACAUAAGUCCUGUGGAGUCAAUGCAUCCAGUCAAUGCUGCUAUCGGCAUCAAACAGACAGGCACAGAGAGGAGCUUAGAGCAUUCCGCCCCACCCCAGAUGCCAGUGCCAGUUGGCAGAGCUUGCAAGCCCCAGUAUCCUGGUCAAUUUAAGACCUCCACACCUGAAACCAGGCCUCUUGAGCCUGGGACUUUUGACCUGGAGCGCAUCAGUGCCUGGCUGGGUCAGUCGCACCAAAUUUGUUCUAAAGCCGUUCAGACAAAGCAUGUUCCACAGCCCUGCUCCAGUUUUUCAUCUUUGGCAUCCAGAGAGGUGGAGGAGGAGGGAGUUGAGUAUCAAGAGAAUGUGCUCCCCAAGAGGUGCCCCCACCAACAGCAAGCUCAGCACACGUGCUCCUACACUCGCCCAUCUAUGUCAUGUGACCUCCAGCAUUACACUUAUAAACGUCACCAAGACCCACAGAGGCUGCAGGAGAGACCUUGUUUCCAUGAUUCAUUGAAGGGCAACACCUGUACAAAGUCGUGUUGUGACACGUGUAAACCAAAGGCCUCAACUGGCAAUUCGUCUCAUAGUGGCCCCUGGCACUUUGGGCCCCUGAAGCUUUCUGAAAUGCGAAUGGCCUCGGCAGCACUGCUUGUCAUCUUGUGUGCCCUCCUGCUAGCUGUUGUGAUCUGGACCUUCAUAUCACAUGAUACCCCAUGCCAUUGGUCUAAUACCUUAACACGUUCCUUCCACCUGGCCCUACAUUACAAUGGACCCCCUCCCACCUGAUUAUUCAGGCUGCAGUACUGUAAAGAAAAAAAGUGUAUUUGUUAAACUCUUCUCUUUGCUUUUAGAUUAAAAAUGUCUUAAAGAGAUAGUUCCCCCAAAAAUGAACACAAUUCCAUAAUUUUCUCACCCCUGUGUUGUUCCAAACCUGUUUAAGUUAACUGUUUUUGUUGAACACAAAAGUUAGAAUGUUAGUCUCAUUUACCAUUCACUUUCAUUGCAUCUUUUCCAUACAGUGAAAGUGAAUGGUGACUGAGGCUGACAGACACGUUUGGAACAAUGUGAGGGUAAGUAAAUGAUCACAGAAUUAAACAUUUAUGGUGAACUAUUCCUAUACCUAAAAAUGGGGUUCAGGAGGAGCUAAAUCUGUUUGGCUGUUUUGUUGUGUUGGAUAAUAAUUAUACAAGGUUAUCCCUGGAUGCCGUGCACACGCCAUUAAAGGCCAAGCAUGUAAACCCAACAAAGUGCACUUAAUUCUGCUCUGACAAUAAUGUUUUUAUAAUGUUAGAAUGAAUAGUAUAAAUAGUAUAAAAUUAAAUUAUUUAAUGAGAGCUCAAGAAGCAUCACUAUUUGAAACUGCCUUGUCAAGCAUGUUUACUUGAGUUUUCUUUAAUUGUAUUCAAUUUAGCAAAAUUCAGCAAAAUUCAGGUUGUCUGACAUUUUGUACAGUUUAAAAGGAUUAUUUCACCCAAAAAAAGAAAAUUCUCUCAUUAUUAACUCACCCCUCAUGCCAUCACAGAUGUGUAUGACUUUUUCUCUUCUGCAGAACACAAAUUAAGAUUUUUAGAAGAAUAUUUAAUCAAUAAAUAAGUAGGUCAAUAAAAAGCAAGUGAAUGGUGGCCUGAACUUUGAAUCUCCAAAAAUCACAAAGUC